AUGGCUGACAAACAAAACACGUGGAGAAAAUUUCAAGAGAAAAUGAAGGACAAACGCUGUGUGAAGAAAGCAACAAAGACAACGAAAGGCAAAGGUCAAGAAGGCGAGAAGGAGGAGUUGAUAGUUCAACGAUUAAGCGCUGAAGUUCAUGGCAAAGCCCAAAAAUAUAGUCGAGUUGGCCCGCGCGAAUUUGUCGAAUUUAGCGAUAUGGAGAUGACGGUGGAAAACAUUAAAGGAGCAUGUACGGCGUACUACAGGAAAAGUGUGGGACCAGGGAUGGUGUGUGAUAUAUUGGCCGGUGAUCAAGGCCCUUCAUGUAAAACCAUCAAACAAAUCCCGAACUUGAAACUCAUACAUGUUCGUUUCAUACCUGAGAUUGAUGGCGACCUCGAGGGCCUCGAGGCGAUCGAGGAAAUUAAAGCUGAAGCCAGUCAAAGUUGUCCUGAAACGAGUAAUCAGAGUGUGAAUGACUUUGGCCAGAGUGUGAAGGUUCCCAGAAGCUUUGCCUUUGGUUCGCCACCGAGGAUGAAUAAAAAACCCAAGCUCGUGCCUAAAAGUUUGUCGGUAUCAACCAUACUACAAUUGGGUAAAUUGGUGCAAACAAAAACAACAUUAAUAAAGUUGUAUUCAUUUAAUUUUGAGUCUUUGAUAUGGUCAGCUAUUCCAGUGCCAGUCGAAUUUGAAAUAUGCAGUGAUGUUCUUGGUGAGGGUGGUUUCAGGAAGGCAUACAAGGCAAAAGCAAGUACCAAAGAUUUUUGUGAUAAAACAUGGGUUGUAAAGAGAUACAAACCUGAGGCAGUUGCAGAAAUUGAAAAAAUCAACCAAACGGUAGAAAGUCAACUAAGAAAGGUCAGUUAUUUGAUUAAAUCGAAUGCCAUCCCCCCCUAAGAAAAUGUACCCUACUUUACUGUCUAUUAAUGUUAUACAAUUUUACUCUUCAAGGGAAACCUGGUGCAUUGGGAAUACCUAUUAAGUGUGAAAAGUUUAAUAUAGAAGUUUGUUUUUAUUUUAGAUCUUAGAAUUUAUUUUUAGCAAUUGAAUUAGUUUUACCAUAAAUCCCCAAUUUGCACCCCCUCCCCCAAUAAACCCCCCCCCCUCAUCGCUGUCAAGCUCCCUUCACAACAAAAAAAUGUGUGUACUACUUAGAAUUCCAAUUUCACAUUAGCUUACUGUUUCUUACUGUACUUGCUUCAUUAAAGUCCCCCCCCUAUUGAAUCUUCUCUCAAAUUAUAAGCACCCUCAAAGAUGCUUGAAAUAAACUAAGCCAUGAUGUAGGUUUUACUUUAUUAUUUUAAAUCAUCAAGAUAUAUCAUUUACCUAAUUACCUUGUAGGUUGUACAAAUGCAUCACUUGGCCAAAAAUUUUGCUGAAAACAUUUCAAAAAAAGUUACAGAAGAUAACCUUUCAGAAGCAUUUGGUCAUACUCUUAAAUACCGCAGUAUUUACUUAGGAGAAAUGCCUGAUGGAGAGUAUGUUAUUGUUGAAGAAUUUGUGGAUGGCACAUUCACAAAAUAUAUUAAUAACGAUGGUGGAAUUUGUGAAAGCCAAGAGGAUGAAUUGGUACAGAAGGCUGAAUGCUUAACACAUUUUUCGUACAUUCAGUCAAAGAAGCAAGUUAUGGUAGUUGACAUUCAAGGAGUGGGAUUUAACUUGUUCGACCCGGAAAUUGCUUCUGCAGUUUUAGUAUCAGAAAGUGAGGUGAUGUUUGCAGCUGGUAAUUUAUCUGAGGUUGCUAUAGACAAUUUUAUAAGUAUCCAUACAUGCAAUAGGUAUUGCAGAUAUUUAAAUUUAGAAUCCAUUUAG